AUGUCAAAUUUGUAUAUCCUAUUUGAACAUGCAUCGGGCUAUGCAUUGUUUCGUGUCCGUGAAUUCGAAGAAAUUGGUAUGAAUCUGCCACAAGUAGAAGCCAGUGUAGUUGAUUUAUCAAAAUUUGCAACUGUCGUUAAACUUGUGGGAUUUUAUCCAUUUCAAUCCGGUGUUAAUGCACUUGACAAUAUAAAUGCAGUAUCCGAAGGUUUAGUUCAUGAUGAUCUUCGAACAUUUCUUGAUACAAAUUUACCGAAAGAAAAAAAACGUGCUAAAAUGAUUCUUGGUGUUGCUGAUUCACGUAUAGCAUCAGCUAUAAAUGAACAUUUUUCCAUCUCGUGUCAACAUACUGGAGUUAUACCUGAACUUUUACGAGGUCUACGGCUUCAUUUUCCUAAUUUGGUCAAAGGUUUAACCGAUCAAAAUCAAAGUAAAGCACAACUUGGCUUAGGCCAUGCCUAUUCACGCGCUAAAGUUAAAUUCAAUGUUAAUCGUGUUGAUAAUAUGAUUAUACAAUCCAUCGCAUUACUCGAUCAACUUGAUAAAGACAUCAAUACAUUUUCAAUGCGUAUUCGAGAAUGGUAUGGCUAUCAUUUUCCAGAAUUAAUUCGAAUUAUCUCAGAUAAUUAUACGUAUGCUCGAGUUGUGUAUUUGAUGAAAAAUCGAAAAGAAUUUACAAUCAAUCAUGAAGAAGAAUUGGAAGCAAUUACAAUGGAUAGCGGGAAAACAGCGGCAAUUUUCGAAGCAAUGAAAACGACUAUUGGUAUGGAUAUUUCACCCAUUGAUCUGAUCAAUAUUGAAUCAUUUGCUAAGCGUGUUAUUCAUUUGUUUGAAUAUCGAAAGAGUCUACAAGAAUAUUUACGAAGUAAAAUGGGGCAAGUAGCUCCAAAUUUAGCUAAUCUAAUCGGUGAACAGGUUGGCGCACGUCUUAUUGCACAUGCUGGUAGUCUAACCAAUCUUGCCAAAUAUCCAGCAUCAACCAUACAAAUUCUAGGUGCUGAAAAGGCUCUUUUUCGUGCAUUGAAAACAAAAGGUAAUACGCCAAAAUAUGGACUUAUUUAUCAUUCAUCUCAUAUUGGCAAAGCAAGUGCACAAAAUAAAGGUCGUAUUUCACGCUAUUUGGCUAAUAAAUGUGCGAUCGCAUCACGUAUUGAUUGCUUUUCUGAUAUUCCAACUGCGAUUUUUGGUGAUCAUUUAAAACAGCAAGUUUCUGAUCGAUUGAAUUUUUUCGAUAGCGGUAAAUUACCAGCAAAAAAUGUUGAUGUAAUGCAAAUAGCUUUGCAAGAAGCUGAAGUAGAACGUGAACAGAUUAUAUCGAAGGAAAGAAAACGAAAGAAGAAAGAAAAGAAACGUCGUAAGCAAGCUCUUGCAGCUGCAUCACUCGACGCAGAACAAAAGAAUGCGGUUAUGCUCGACGUAACAGUUUAA